AUGACCGGGUCCGGAUCGGGUCAAACCAUUCAUUUUCCCAUCAUACGGUUACCGCAGACCAUUUCUCUCAUUCCCAUCUUCCAAAUUAUACUGUUUGACGCGAUCUGGGUUACAACGCAGAAAAAACGGCCCAGGACCGACGAUGAUGCAGCCGUGGAAGCUGCUGUGGAGGUCGCACCUGACCCUGACGCCUACCUCAGCAUCUUCACCAAUGCGCAAAAGCAGCUCGCUGAUUCACACGGCCUUACGCUCAACAAUGAGGCCGGCCGUGUCCUGGCGGCCAUCCUUAGCUGGCCAUCCCAGUACACCCUGUCUGCAAGCAACGAGGGUACUUUCCUUCGCGCCUAUGAGGUCUGUGAGAAGCUCUGCGACGCGGGCAGUCUAUGUGGGGAGGACUUCACCGAUCCAAGGCGGCAGGCUGCCACGGCGUUCACAGACCAACUUGUGACCGUCCUGAAGGAGGGGCCCAAGCCGCUCAAGCACGUGGAGCUUCAGCGCCUCUCUGCCGGCCUGGCAGCUAUGUGUGAGGGUGGCGGGGGUCGUGCAAAGAAGCCCAAGCGGUCCAGCACACGCUGCUGCAGGACCAGCACCACUGUUACAGACCGCAUUUUUGACGACUUCCGGGACGACUUCCUUGCUAUGAGCAUCUUCGAAAACAUCGAGUGGAACUUGAAGCCGCGCCUGGCAAAGAUCGUUGCGGACUUUGGGGGGGUUGGCAAAGUUGCUUCCCUGGUGGGCAUGAAGAGGCAUGAAAAGGUCACGGAGGACCUCGUCUUUGAGAAGCUGCGCGGCGCCACUAAGACCAAGUGGAGGAACACACGGCACCUAAAGAAAGGAGGCCACGCAUCUGAGGAGGAGGAGGAGGAGGAAGAGGAGGAGGAGGAGGAGAACACCAAGGCCAACGAGAAGGAGGUCAAGGCCAAAGCUGUCGAAGAUGACGAGGAGGGCAGCCCACCCGUUGACAGCACCCAGCCGGAGGCGGCCCCUGACAAUGGCACAGAGCCCGGACCCAGGGGGGGCAACAGUGACGCUGGGGCUGGGGCUGCUCUGCCAGCUGUUCACCAGGGCAUGUGGCAGGCCCUGCUGGAUGACAAUGACAAAGAGCUGCAACGCUACACAGCUGCUGACUGUAACACCAGGCAAAGA